GUGGUAAAAGAUACCAUAGACAAACGUUGGCCUGGUAUUGAUUUUUUAAGAAAUGUUCUACUGGUAUUUGCGGUUCCUGCCGAAUUUUCUGAAAAAGUAAAAGGAAUAAUGAGAGAAUCCGAAGCUGCUGCAAUAUAUUGUAUAGAUACGUUAAAAGAAUGUUAUGAAUUUCCAGUUGGAAGAACAUUCCUAUUAGUCGAUUGUGGGGGUGGUACUAUAGAUCUUACAACCAGAAAAUUAUUGAGAGGAAAUAAAUUGGGUGAAAUCACUGAACGUACUGGUGGUUUUUAUGGUAGUUCUUACGUUGACAGAGAAUUUUUAAAAUUUAUUAAAAGUAUAGUUGGUGCUUCAGCUCUCAGAUUACUUCAAAAAAAUCAUUAUAGUCAAUUUCAAUAUAUGAUUCAAGAAUUUUGUAGACUUAUUAAAACGGUUUUUACUGGAGAUUUUGAAAGAUUCAAUGAUUUUGAAUUUGAUUUUAACGAAUUUUGUCCUGCUAUUAAACAAUAUGUUCAAGGUUCUUUAAGAGAUCAAUUGGAAGAAGAUGAAUGGAUAAUAGAUAUUGAUUUUUAUACCGUUAAAGCAAU